CUGCUACCUUAUCGUCAUCGUCCGGCUCAUUUUCUUUAUCCCGGUCAGCAUCAGCUGUCAACACCCACAUCUUGUCCCCAAACACCCAAAGUCCCACCGCCUCGCUUUCCAGAACGAAUACGCGCGCCCACGGAGGAAGAAGCGGCGAGUGUUGAUCACAAGCCAAUGCCCAGCUAGAAACGAGGAACCCAUGGCGUUUGCUUCAGCGGUUGUCACCGCUAUUUCCCUCCCUCCACCUCCCCUCGCGCUUACCACCACCAAGUCCAGAUUCUUGCCGCUGCGGCGAGAUCAAAAUCCCCGACGAUUCCCUCUUCCCAAAAAGCCGUGCAUUCAACCAGCAGCAGCAGCAUCGUCAUCAUCGAGCAGCGAAGGCAGCGAGAAGAGCGAGGAUACCUCUGCAGCGACGCUGUUAUGGAGGGCGGCCAAAUUGCCCAUCUACUCCGUCGCCCUUGUUCCUCUCACCGUAGGCUUUACUACUGCAUAUCUUCAUACUGGUUUAUUCUUUACCAGGCGUUAUAUAACUCUCUUACUUUCAUCAGUUCUUAUCAUUACUUGGCUCAAUUUGAGUAACGAUGUAUAUGAUUUUGAUACCGGAGCCGACAGAGACAAAAAAGAAUCAGUUGUUAACAUAGUUGGCAGUCGAAGAUUGACACAAAUUGCUGCUAACAUUUCCCUUGCAUUUGGAUUUUUGGGUCUCAUCUGGGCAUUUAGAGAAGCAGGAGAUCUACGCUUCAUUUUAUUGGUGACUUGUGCUAUCCUCUGUGGGUAUGUUUAUCAGUGCCCACCAUUUCGACUGAGUUAUAAAGGAUUAGGAGAACCAUUGUGCUUUGCUGCAUUCGGUCCAUUUGCCACUACAGCUUUCUAUUUUUCUAACAGCACCAAAAACUCAUCAAGUGGCAUAGGCACUCUUCCUCUAACUAGAACAGUUCUCUCCGCAUCAGUUCUUGUUGGAUUAACAACCACCUUGAUUCUUUUCUGUAGUCACUUCCAUCAGAUUAAUGGAGACCAAGAUGUUGGAAAGAUGUCUCCUCUGGUUAGGCUUGGCACUGAAACGGGCUCAAAAGUUGUGAGAUGUGGAGUUACAAUGCUUUAUCUUCUCUUGUUUGGUUUCAGCCUGUGCAAAUCUCUUCCUCCAUCAUGCACGGUUAUGUGUGCUCUGACUCUCCCAAUUGGAAAGCUGGUUGUCGACUUUGUAGAAAAAAAUCACAAUGACAAGGUGAAGAUCUUCAUGGCGAAGUAUUAUUGUGUGCGGUUGCAUGCC